CCCGUUGAGUUAAUCGGUUUCGGUCAACCGUUACACCUGCUCAGGGCUUUCUCACACUUAUUCUCCCACAAAAAGUACACACAAUCAUGGAUGAUUUUGACAUGCUCAACGCGCCCGCUGCUGGAAACGGCGUCGGCUCGGAAGAGGACCCUGCGGCCGCUUUCUUGGCCCAGCAGGAGAGCGAAAUCGCGGGGAUUGAAAACGACGAAGGAUUCAGCAUCCUGGACAGCGGAGAGGUCCCGUCGUCGCUGGGAGACACCACCGAUGGUGCUGUCAACGGAGAGCUUCAUGAGGAAAGCAACGGUCCAUCAGACGCCUAUGCAGCAAUUUCCAGCGCAGACCGCCUGCAGGCCGAACCUGAAAGCCUACGCAAGUGGAGGGAGGAGCAAAGAGAGAGACUGGAUGUGCUUGAUGAUAACUCUCGCAAGCAGGAGACAGAGUGGAAGACCAAGGCCAAGGUGGAGCUGGAGGAGUGGCACGCCAGACAGGAUGAGCAGCUGGAGAAAACCAAAUCCAAUAACAGGGCGGCUGAGGAAGCCAUGAUUUCAGAGAUGGACGAGAACAACCCUGGCACCGAGUGGGAGCGGGUGGCUCGGCUCUGCGACUUCAACCCCAAGUCCAGCAAGCAGGCCAAAGACGUGUCCCGCAUGCGCUCCGUCCUCAUCUCCCUGAAGCAGUCCCCGCUGGUCCGCUAGGCAGUGAAUGCAACUCAGAGCUUCAUUCCAUAUCAUCUUCUAUCACCACACACCGAGAAAUCCAACUACUGAUGUCCCACAUCUGUAUUCUGAAGAAAAGUGGGCUUACACCCUUUCUGUCCAUAUCUAUUUGCCAUGCACAGCCCUGUUUUUUUUCUAGCAGAAGGAUAUAGCCGGUGGUCAUACAUCAUCUGUCUCCUCCAGGCAGGGCUGUAGAGAUUAGCCUCAAAGCACCAGCUCACCAUUAUCUGCCCUCUGUAGGGUUUUUACUGGUGUGCACCUUUUCCACAACCCAAUCAAGACCUUGUAAUUCCUUUUCCUCUUUAAAUGUACUGAGAUCAAGGCCACUUAGGUCUACACAAGCCUGUGGUCUUGUGUAACACUAGUGUUAGGGUGUCGAGUAUUGACACUAAAAGGGAAGGGUUGAUGUUUGUUUGGGCCUACAGCUACACUACAACCUGCUGCUUCACAUGGCCCCCAAACAAUAUCAUUCCCAUGAUGCUGUGCUCUAACUCUUAGCCUGUCAGCCUCAUUAAACCUCCUCUGACCUAAGAGGGUUGUUAAAUGGUUCUGUUCACCUCAUGUUUUCAAUCUUCUUAAGAAUUUUCUGUAUUAUUGUUUUUUUUUUAAGGACCAAACUCUCGAGACAAAACUCCAAUUUCAGUGUGUGUGCUUUGAACUGUGUUUGUAGAGCCUGUUUGUGGCAUAUUGUGUUAAAUUUUCCAAUCUAUGCAUUUCCUUUUUUGAAAAGCCUCUCUCCCCUCUCCAGUCAGGAACUGAACAAAGUCCAGUCAUUACAAUAAAUGUGACCCGUUUGUAUGUGUGUGUGUAAACCUCUACAGUGUGUGUGUAUGUACUCUAUGCGUGUACUUAUGUACAUAUACAGAAGGCAAUAUAUAUACAGAAUUUAAAACGUUUGUCAUUGAAAUUAGACAGUUGUGGUUUUAAAGAGAACUAGAUGUUAGCCAGCUGUUGCUUGACCAUGCGUGUUCAUUGUCCAUUUGAUUUCAAUAUCAGUAAAACGUGA